AUGAACGCAGAUGGUCCUGGGCCCUCCAGUACUGCCCAGGCAGAGCUGAUCCCUCCAGCCUUUAUACACCCCACUGCACCCCCUCCUCCAUCCAGCGACUACCUGACUCACGUGACUCAAGUCCCUUGGUCCGAUGCUGCAUCACAUAGCAUCCUGAAACAGCGUCAAACGCUACGUAAAUGUGAAGGCGAGAACAGCCAACCAAGCCCAGAGCAUACGCAGGCUCCCAUCGAGAUGGGUCGCUGCUCCUCCCAGCACACUCUGGACCCAGUCCCUGUCACACUCUGCCACGUCCUGCUGGCAUAUGAAGUGAUCGACCAGAAGGCCGUGUACUUCUUCAACCUGACUUCCAUACAGGAUUCAGAAAUGAUUCUCACAGCCACGUUUCACUUCUACUCAGAGCCACCACGGUGGCCCCGGGCGCGCGAGAUGCUGUGCAAGCCGCGGGCCAAGAACGUGUCGUGCCGCCUGCUGUCCCCGGGCCCGCCGGCGCGCCAGCACCUGCUCUUCCGCAGCCUGUCGCAGAACACGACCACGCAGGGGCUGCUCCGCGGGGCCGUGGCCCUGGUGCCCCCUCCGCGUGGCCUGUGGCAGGCCAAGGACAUCUCCCCCAUCGUCAAGGCGGCCCGCCGGGACGGCGAGCUGCUCCUCUCUGCUCAGCUGGAUUAUGGGGAGAGGGACCCGGGGGUGCACAGCCCCAGCCGCCCCUCCCCCUACAUCCUCGUCUACGCCGACGACCUGGCCAUUUCGGAGCCCAACAGCGUGGCGGUGACGCUGCAGAGAUACGACCCUUUCCCAGCUGGAGACCCCGAGCUCCACGCAGCCCCCAACAGCUCAGCGGACCCCCGCGUGCGCCGGGCUGCGCAGGUCACCGGGCCCCUCCAGGACAACGAACUGCCGGGGCUGCACGAGAGGCCGGCGCACGCCCCCCACGCCCCCCACUACCACGAGCACGAGCUGUGGUCCAGCCCCUUCCGAGCGCUGAAGCCCCGGCCAGGGCGCAAGGACCGCAGGAAGAAGGGCCAGGACACGUUCUUGGCCUCCUCGCAGGUGCUAGACUUUGACGAGAAGACAAUGCAGAAAGCCCGACGCAAGCAGUGGGACGAGCCCAGGGUGUGUUCCCGGAGGUAUCUCAAGGUGGACUUUGCAGACAUCGGGUGGAACGAAUGGAUCAUCUCGCCCAAAUCCUUCGACGCCUACUACUGCGCGGGCACGUGCGAGUUCCCCAUGCCCAAGGUCGUUCGCCCGUCCAACCAUGCCACCAUCCAGAGCAUCGUCAGGGCUGUGGGCAUCGUGCCUGGCAUCCCAGAACCCUGCUGCGUUCCUGACAAGAUGAAUUCCCUUGGGGUUCUUUUCCUGGAUGAGAACCGGAAUGUGGUUCUGAAGGUGUACCCCAACAUGUCUGUGGAAACCUGUGCCUGCCGGUAAGACCACUUCAGGGUGGAAGGAAGCCCCUGCCCCGCCACCCACGCCCAGCGGAGCGACAUUCUCAGAGCCUUCUGAGGCCAGGAUUCAACUAGGGGUGCAGCUGCGGAUGCAGGGCAGAGCUUACAGGCAACCCCACUGGGGUCCAGAAAGUCUGCCCACCGGGGCAUCACUCUGGGGCCUUUCAUUGCUAAUGACUUGGCCCCUAAAUGCCAGCCUGAGUCCCCUGAGAGGCUCUGGGAGUUAGCCCUGUCCUGUACCAUGCAUACCCACUGUUCUGAAGGCCUGAAAACGGAAUGUGUCCAUACUGCUGGCUUUAGGUGAUCACCAUCUCAUAACCUAGGAAAAAGACUAUGCAAAUCUUGGGGCGCUCAUUCCCUCAAUGUGGAAAGACCUCCGUCUAAAUGUUCAGUUUAAAACACCUUGAGCCACAUAGUGAUACUGGAAAACCAGGACCUAAAUAAUGGUAUAUAUGGAUGUUUUCUUUCAAACUCCGCUGCAAAAGCUUUUAUACAUAAAGUAUGCACAUAUAACCAAUGUUUGUUUCUUUUUCUUAAUAUAUAUUUUAUUAAAACAAACAGGAGGGAGUUGACACCACUCCCCAUGGAGAUAAUCGUGCUGAUUAAGUGUGGGUGGUUUGAACAUGCAUAUUGUAAUAACACAUACAGUGAUAUGUUGGAAUACUAAAAAAUAACCCAGAUUUUAUAUUUUUGUAAAUUAUACUUCUAUACUGUAGAUUGUGUAUGUUAUGUGUUUUUACAGAAAGCUAAUAAAUUAAGGGUACAGUG